AUGUUUAACAACAUCAGAGGUGAGUCGCAAUAUAAUAUCGAAGCAGCCAAUACUGCCAUUCGUCUUGGAUCUGAUCAUUCGUUCGUUGCACCAGAAGGUGUUUACGAACCUCGUAAUGUUAUAUCUUUAGCAGUUCCAACAGCCCACCCUUUGGACCCCCCAUCUACCGCAGUUAACCCUUUGACACCCACUGCUCAUCAUCCUAACACUCAUUCCUCAGGUGUACGCCUUUCUGCAGUAACUAUCCGUUAUAUCCCACCGCCAGGAUCACUGGAAAAUAAUAUUCAACAAGCAAUAGCGAACAAUGGUAACUCUCUUUCUACGUCAUUUUCAGCGCAUCAACAACAGCAGCAACAGCAACAGCAACAACAACAACCUAAAUCUCGCUGGACCACUUCUUUUUUAGGCCGCAAAAGCGUCUUGAAUACUCCUCAGUCCAGUAGUGUUCCUACAACUCCAAUCGACGAGCGCAAAAAUGAUCCAUUUGCGGAUCCAUUUGUUGAUCAACAACAACAACAGCAACAGCAACAGCAACAGCAACAGAUACAGGUACAAGUACAACAACCGAUUUCUCAACCAAUAGUUGAAAACCCCAACCUGGCUGCUCAAGGUCUUAACUCUCCGCAAACCCCUCUUUCUUUGCAACCCACAAACGUAAGCACACAAAAAAAAAAGGGUUUGCUAUCUCUUGGUUCUUUAAAUAUAUCUACUGGUAGUUCACAUUCGAAAUCCUGCGAUGCAAAAACUCCAACUACUCCUCAUGAUAUUCUUGUUUCACACCAACCAUCUACUUUGGUUGGGACUACAGUUGUGCCUCCAGAUGCCAUUGGUACAAGUCCGUUACUCAGCAAUCUUCAUAUCACAGUUCCUCUUGAUCCCCAUGAUACCGAAGGCCUUGGAUCUAACGGUGACCUUGAUCUUGGGAAACUGGGGCUUUCUUCUAACGGAACAUCGAUAAAUGGCGUUUUAGCUUCUGGUAUUUCUGGAGGCUCUGGGAACGGUGGAAACACAAAUUCGACCUCAACAAAUCCAUCUAAUGGCAGCAAAAGAAAAAGACCUAAGUCAAACUUGGUCAAAAAUAACUCCACGUUUAUCUCACGUACAAUAGUCAACGAAAAUCUGUCUCGAAGAUUAGCGGACCGAACUCUUGAUCCUGAGCCUGUAGUAUGGGCUAAUGUUGGACGCUCCCUACAAUGGCUUGAUUUUUCUUCCAAGCAUGCUUCGUCAAUGGCCGCAACAAUACCUCGCGACCAGUAUCUCAGUAAAAUCCUUUUCACUCGUUCUCAUCCUCUUUGCCACGACGUUAAUCUUUACACGCGUAGUGCGCAUGGCAUGGAUGUAGUUGUGGGUAUGUCUUCUGGUGAUGCUAUGUGGCUUGACUCGGCUAGCAACAAGUAUCACCGUAUCAAUAAGAAUGCUGACAUUAUUGGUGCUGCUGUGACAGCAAUAAAAUGGGUCCCAGGCUCAGAGAACUUAUUUUUCACACUUCACUCCAACGGUACACUUAUUCUUCUCGACAAGGACCGUGAGGAUGGUGGUUUUGCAAACCAUGGUGGUUUAAACUACCAAGACAGUCGGUCUACUGAGGCAUUUAGAAUUGUGAAGUCGCUUUAUGGUGAUGUUCCCGCAGAUGGUCAGGACACAGCCGCCACUACAAGCUCUGGCGGCAAUAUUUUUUUUAAUUACAUCAACAAAAAUAUCAACGAUGAUGAUGAUGGCGAUUCCGAAAACGCGCCUAAGCAAUUUAGCAGCGCCAAACACAAUCCUCUUGCUGUCUACAAGUUAUCCCAUAAACCAUUAACUGCUAUUGAAUUUUCUCCUGACAGGCAAACAGCUGUCAUUGCUUCUGCAGACGGGUACCUCCGCUUCUUCAACUUGGGAACUGAAGUUGUUACCGAUUUUUUUCCAAGUUACUAUGAUGGAUUCUUAACGUGUGCCUUUUCACCUGAUGGUAAGUAUUUAGCAACUGGUGGCAAAGAUGACCUAGUAACAAUUUGGUCAGUCAAACGACGCACUGUUGUUGCUAGAGGCUCUGGUCAUCAUUCGUGGGUUCGUAAAGUGGCAUUUGAUCCUUGGAACUGUGAUCUUGCUGGAACUUCUGCUGCUGAUGGUGAUGAGGGUGUGGCUGGUGCUACUUACCGAGUGGGCUCAGUUGGUGAUGAAGGCCAGUUGAUUCUUUGGGAUUUUUCACCCAAAACACUAUCACGACCCAAGGUCCAACACAAGAAGGGGUCACAUAAUACACAUUCUGCUACUACUUCGGAUCUGCACAAUAGAGAUAGCAGUCAUCUGUCUUUAAAACCUGUUAUAUCUAACCACUCCUUAACAAACCAAGCGGCAAUCAACAACCAAAACACACUUGGGGGCAUUGGUGGCAGUGCUGCUAAUCCAUAUGUAUCCCGAGUUCACCCAUUCAUUGCGAAAGACAAAGUUCCCCAACUAACACCUGUUGUUCAGGUUACUGUUCGUUUUCCAAAUAAAACAGGAAGAGACUCGGCCGAUUCUACUGUCAACGGUGAAAACUCCAAUCCUGUCUCUGCUAAUGGCGCUACUGGAAAUAAUAACCCGAACAAUAUUAACAAUAGUAUUAAUGCAGCCUUGAUGUUUGGUGUUAACACUAAUGGAGGAAUAGUGGAACCAUUAACUGAUUUGUUGUUUUUGGAAAAGACAAUUGUUGUGGCAUCUAAAGAUGGCAAAAUCUGGACAUGGAAUCGGCCAAGUGAGGUCGCCGGUAAUAUUGUUAGACGUAGAUGA